UGCGUUGGUGUGAAAACUUCAAACCCCUCUUAGAGAGAGAGAGAGAGAGGAUGGUGGUGUAGUUGAACACGCAGAGGGUAUUGGGUUUCUGGUUGAUGUUUUGGGUAAAAAAUCGGACCCCAUUUGAAAAUUUGGAUCUACAGAUGGAGCCCGCAAACAAGCACUUUUUGUACUGCGUUUCAAGCACUUCAUGAUCUGAUGGACUUUUCAUAUGUUCAACUAGUUCUUUGACUGCAAUGACUGUAGAGCUUACACAGUUUGCUGUUUUUGGUUAUAACUUGCGACAAAAGGGGUAGCAGUUUUGAGACGAAAAAUUAUUUGAAGUGCUACUUCAAAUUUCUGCUAACAUGGUCUUGAGUAAAUUUGCUGAGUUUCUUUCUUCUGCAGCAACUCGUUUGUCAGCCCCAAAGACUUCUAAUCUUUCAUAUAAAUCACCCGGAUUGCCUCCACUUUCUGGCUCUCUUCAUGGUUAUACCUUUUCCGGCCCAGAGAAGAAGACUAAUUUGAGACUCUCCUCAUCCCUACAAGAUUUGUCUGCUUAUCGCCAGCUUGAUACAGAAGGUGAUCUUAUCCAUAGCCCCAGAAUAGAAAGAAGUUCAAGUCGUGCAUUAUUGCCAAAGCUUUUGCAACAAGAAAAUGGUGCAUCAAGCUUUUCCAAGGAGAAGGUAUCACCUAUUUCAUCUGGAAGGAAGAAAUGGGUGCGAGUUCUUUGUGUUUUCCUCUGUUUAUUGUUGUUCACUUGUCUUUGUUACGCCCUGCUGUUCCUUUACUCGAACUGGUCUAGAGGACCAUCCAGGUUCUAUGUUGUGAUCGACUGUGGUAGCACUGGAACCCGUGUUUAUGUAUAUCAGGCAUCCGUUAAUCACCAAAAAGAUGAUAAUCUUCCUAUUUUAUUAAAAUCGUUGCCUGAAGGAUUCCAGAGGAAAUCUGGCUCCCAGAGAGGCCGGGCUUACAACAGAAUGGAGACUGAGCCUGGAUUUGACAAAUUGGUACGAAAUAUAUCUGGACUGAGGAAAGCAAUAAAACCUCUUAUUAGAUGGGCUGAGAAGCAAAUUCCAAAAAAUGAACAUAAGACUACUUCUCUCUUUCUCUAUGCUACAGCUGGAGUUCGCAGGCUACCAAGUCCAGACUCUGAUUGGCUUCUUAAUAAUGCUUGGUCAAUUCUAAAGAGUUCACCUUUUUUGUGCAAAAAGGAGUGGGUUAAAAUUAUCACGGGCAUGGAGGAAGCCUAUUAUGGAUGGAUAGCACUAAAUUAUCACACUGGUAUACUGGGUUCAAUUCCUAAAAAGGAAACAUAUGGUGCACUUGACUUGGGUGGCUCAUCACUGCAGGUUACUUUUGAAAGUAAGGUAAGUGACCAUGGCGAAACAAGCUUAAAGCUUAGCAUUGGCCCUGUUAACCAUCAUCUAAGUGCCUAUUCUUUAGCUGGAUACGGGCUCAAUGACGCAUUUGACAAAUCUGUAUCUCAUCUUCUCAAGAAGUUUCCUCAGGUUAGCAAUGCAGAUCUGGUUAGUGGAAAAGUCGAAAUUAAGCAUCCAUGUUUGCAGUCUGGUUACAAGUCAAAGUACGUAUGUUCCCAUUGUUCAUCCAUACGGCUAAAAGAUGGAAGUCCUAUUGGCGGGAAAAGAUUACCUAAAGGAGGAAAGGCAGGAGUUCCUGUUCAGCUUAUUGGAACUCCCAGAUGGGAGGAAUGCAGUGCACUUGCCAAAGUUGCUGUCAACUUGUCUGAGUGGUCAGAUCAUAGUUUAGGAACAGAUUGCGAGCUGCAACCAUGCGCACUUGAACAAAAUCUCCCUCGCCCUCAUGGCCAAUUUUAUGCUAUGUCUGGCUUCUAUGUGGUGUACCGAUUUUUCAACUUGACUCCUGAUGCUGCCCUGGAUGACGUACUAGAGAAGGGUCGUGAAUUUUGUGAAAAAACAUGGGAUGUUGCAAGAAAAAGUGUCGUUCCUCAGCCUUUCAUAGAACAAUACUGCUUCAGGGCACCGUAUGUUGUGCGCCUCUUGAGAGAAGGACUGCACAUUACUGAUAGCCAUGUAAUUAUCGGUUCUGGAAGCAUCACUUGGACCCUUGGAGUUGCUUUGUUUGAAGCUGGAAAGGAAUUUCCAUACAGGGAAAAAAAUUACAGCUAUCAGAUAUUGAGGGUUGAGAUAAAUCCAAUUAUUCUUUUGGCUAUUUUGUUUGCUUCCUUGUUUGUCCUAUUUUGUGCAUUUUCAUGCAUUGGCAAUUGGUGGAUGCCAAAAUUCUUGCGAAGGUCGUAUCUCCCGCUUUUCAGACAUAAUAGUGUGACAUCCACAUCAGUGCUCAAUCUUCCUGCCCCUUUCCGGUUUCAGCGCUGGAGUCCUAUCAAUACAGGGGAUGGAAGGGCUAAGAUGCCAUUGAGCCCCACUGUUGCAAGUUCUCAGCAAAGACAGUUCGACACUGGACUUGGUUUUGGUGGCGGGGCCAUUCAGUUGGCUGAAUCCUCGUUGUAUUCUUCGUCUAGCAGUGUAGCACACAGUUACUCUUCUGGCAGCCUAGGUCAGAUGCAAUUUGAGAAUAGUAACCUUGGUUCCAUCUGGACUCCCAAUAGAAGUCAAAUGCGUCUUCAAAGUAGGAGAUCCCAAUCCCGAGAAGACCUCAAUUCUUCUAUUGCUGAGGCACACUUGGCAAAGGUCUAAUGAAAAUAAAUUAUCUCGAAAGACUCUUGCGACAUAGAUCAAGUCAGCGAUUCACCAUUAACAAGGAUAACAUAAUCUGAAUUUUGCUUCUUCUGGAUAUCUUAACCCCAGGCCUGAAGUGGUUAAACUGCUGAGGCACACUUGGCAAAGAUGUAAUGCUGCUUGCUGAAAAUAAAUAAUCUUGGAAGAUCCUUGCAACAUAGAAUAGAUGAAGAAAGUGCACUAGUAUCAAGGAUAAUAUAGUCUUGAGUUUUCCAGCUUCUGGGAUGUCUUACCAAUAGACCUAAAGUGGUUAAAUGUAGGAGGCAGAAAGUUCAUCGCCGGAUGUGCAAAAAAAUUUGUGGACAUGCGAUCAGGCAGAAGCAUUAACAAGAAGCCGAAUUUUGUGAACAGCUGGAGACCUAUUUCAACUUUGGAAACAUCUCUGGACUAGCUGGUAAAGCUUUUGGACAAUGGGCGCAGCUGAGAGAGUAAAAGGCAUCAGUGAGAAUUCGCUGCAACCUUAUGGAAGUACAAUUGAGGAGGUUCAAGACGACUCUGCUGAUGGAUUCUUUCGCCUGACAUGCGUAUUGAAGAAUUUUGGGAACUCACCAUUUAGGAUAAAUCUAUAUUUAACUUAUGACACGUAUAUCGUUGGGUUUCAUUUUGUAUAAAAAUUUUAAGUUGAUUGACUAAUAGAAACAUUCAUUUUUGGA